UCCCACACUCUCCUGGUGGCCUCUCCCCUCCAUGGCCCCCCUGGCUCACACCCUGGCACUGCUGGCAAUGACCUUGGCCACUGCAGCCAUUGAUGAGGAGCGGAUGGACAUGGCCCCAAACUCCUUUGAUGACCAGUACCGGGGCUGCGGCCCUGCCAUGACCGCGGCGUUGCCGGCCCUCAACCGCUCCGAGUUCCAGGACAAUCCUGUGUUCGCCCAGGCCUGGCUUAAGGCCGUGGCUGAGUGGCAGAGGAAGGGGUCUCCUGUGUCCCCUCUGUCGUCCCCAGCCCAGGCCAUCGCUGUCAUGGCCUACUCAAUGAAUGAUGUGCACAAGGCUUUCAACACGGCCGUGCGCACUGCUGGGAGCUCCCCCUGGGAGUACAGGGACAACUUCCACUUCAAAACAUUGCAUUUCCUGCUGACCCAGGCCCUGGCGAAGCUGAGGGACGCCAAGGGACAGCAGUGUCGCAAUGUGUUCCGGGGUGUGUGCAGGUACCAGUCCAAGGCACGGCAGGGUGACACCGUCCAGUUUGGUCAAUUCGCAUCUAGUUCGCUCACCAAAGAAUCCGCCAUGCGCUAUGGGACAAACACGCUGUUCAAGGUGCACACGUGCCACAGCGUGGGCAUCCAGAACUUCUCCAAGUAUCCAGAGGAGGAAGAGGUGCUGAUCCCACCCUUUGAGACAUUCAAGGUCACCAAAUUCACCUGGGUAGGGGACCGGGCAGAGAUCCAGCUCCACUCCUCCGGCACUUUCAGCAAAUACAACUGCGAGUGGCUGCAAGGUGGGAGCGACCCCUUGGCCCCCUUCCACUUCGGAGGAUUCAUCCUGGCCACCACAGCACUGGCAGUGGCCACUGGGAUCCUCUGA